AUGGAGGGUGAAGAACGACCUCAUAAUUCUACAGUACCUUGUGAACGUAUUUUUAUCCAACGUGAUUAUUCUUCUGGUACAGCUGUACGUUUUCAAACUCUUCCUAUGCCACUUCAACUUCGAGGUCGCAUUCCCGCCAAUAGAUAUGCUGAUGCAAUUACUCGUUUAAACAAAUUAUUUGAUGAAGCUGAAACAAUAACAUCUACUGUGUGUUUAGAAAAUUUAUUUGGAUGUUUAACAGCUUAUUUGAUAUUUUUAUGCAUGAAGACACAUUAUGAUAAGGUAUUGCAGAAAGUCACUUUAGCGGUUGCUGAUUUAAAUGAAAAAUUGUUUCUACCGAAUGGAUUACUGAUGAUUGAUCCGUCUGAACGUGGACUCCGAGUUAUAGAAUUAUGCAUAUUUCAUUCGCAAUGA